AUGAAGUUCAACAUCGACGAUUUACCCGUUUUGUUUCCUUAUCCAAGGAUAUACCCAGAGCAAUAUGCCUACAUGUGCGAUCUCAAAAGAACGCUCGAUGCAGGAGGUCACUGUGUGCUGGAAAUGCCGUCUGGCACGGGAAAAACAGUGUCUCUGUUGUCACUCAUCAUAGCCUAUCAACAAUACUAUCCUGAGCAUCGGAAGCUGAUCUACUGUUCACGUACCAUGUCGGAGAUUGAGAAAGCCCUAGCGGAACUGAAAGCUCUUAUGAAGUAUCGAGAAGAGCAGCUUGGGCGUAGCGAGGAAUUCCGUGGUCUCGGGCUUACCAGUCGGAAGAAUUUGUGUAUCCAUCCCUCGGUCAGGCGAGAGAAGAGUGGCGCUAUUGUCGACGCAAGAUGUCGCAGUUUAACUGCUGGGUUCGUAAAGGAAAAGAAGGAGAGGGGCGAAGAUGUGGCAAACCUCGACCUUCUCGAGCCUCACAACCUCAUUCCGAAUGGUGUUUGGACUUUGGACGGCAUCAUGAGAUAUGGCGAAGAGCACAAACAAUGUCCAUAUUUUACAUCGAGGCGGAUGAUGUCAUUCUGCAACGUUAUCAUCUACUCGUACCAUUACCUCCUCGAUCCCAAGAUUGCCGAUCGGGUAUCAAAAGAGCUUUCUAAGGACUGCAUAGUUGUCUUUGAUGAAGCACAUAACAUCGAUAACGUCUGUAUCGAGUCGCUAAGCACGGAUAUCACAGAAGAUUCCCUUCGGAAAGCAACCCGCGGCGCACAAAAUCUAGAGAACAAGAUCAUGCAAAUGAAGGAUACUGAUGCGGAUAAGCUCAAGAACGAAUAUGCUAAGCUCGUGGAAGGUUUAAGGGAUGCUGGGGAUGCUCGUGAUGAAGAUGCCUUUAUGGCGAAUCCUGCCCUUCCCGAUGAUCUUCUCAAGGAGGCUGUUCCGGGAAACAUUCGAAGAGCAGAGCAUUUUGUUGCCUUCCUUAAACGUUUCGUUGAAUAUCUCAAGACUCGGAUGAAAGUCCGUCAAGUGAUUUCCGAGACACCUCCAUCUUUCCUCGCACAUCUAAAAGAGUACACGUUCAUAGAAAAAAAGCCCUUGAGAUUCUGCGCCGAACGCCUAACCUCCCUCGUCCGAACCCUGGAACUAACCAACAUCGAAGACUAUCAACCUCUCCAAGAUGUAGCAACUUUCGCCACCCUCGUCGCAACCUACGAAAAAGGCUUCUUGCUCAUCUUAGAACCAUACGAAACCGACACCGCCGAAGUCCCCAACCCCGUCCUCCAUUUCACCUGUCUCGACGCCGCCAUAGCCAUUAAGCCCGUCUUUGAGCGCUUCAGCUCCGUCAUCAUCACCUCGGGGACGCUCUCGCCUCUAGAAAUGUAUCCCAAGAUGCUAGGCUUCACAACCGUAGUCCAGGAAUCAUACAGCAUGACCCUGGCACGGCGUUCCUUCUUACCCAUGAUCGUCACCAGGGGCGCCGAUCAGAUCCCCAUGUCAUCGGGCUUCCAAGUCCGCAACGAAGCCGGUGUCGUAGGGAACUACGGCCGUCUCCUAACCGAAUUCGCCAAACUAACCCCCGACGGUCUCGUCGUCUUCUUCCCAUCCUAUCUAUACAUGGAAUCCAUAAUCAGCAUGUGGCAAGGCAUGGGAAUCCUCGACGAGAUAUGGAAAUACAAACUAAUCCUCGUCGAGACGCCCGAUGCCCAGGAAACCUCGCUGGCGCUAGAAACCUACCGCACAGCAUGCUGCAACGGCCGCGGCGCCAUCCUGCUCUGCGUCGCGCGCGGGAAGGUCAGCGAGGGCAUCGAUUUCGACCACCAGUACGGCCGCGCCGUGCUGUGCAUCGGCGUCCCGUUCCAAUACACGGAGUCCCGCAUCCUGAAGGCCCGUCUGGAGUUCCUACGCGAGACGUACCGCAUCCGCGAGAAUGACUUCUUGUCCUUCGACGCUAUGCGGCACGCAGCGCAGUGUCUAGGCCGUGUACUGCGCGGCAAAGACGAUUACGGCGUCAUGGUACUCGCCGACCGACGUUUUCUCAAGAAGCGCAAUCAGCUCCCUAAAUGGAUCAACCAGGCCCUAGUCGAGGGCGAGGUGAACCUAAGCACGGAUAUGGCGGCCGGCGCGGCGAAGAAGUUCCUACGCAGCAUGGCGCAGCCGUUCAAGGCUAGUGAUCAAGAGGGCAUCAGUACGUGGAGCUUGCGGGAUCUGGAGCGUUUCAAGGAGAAGCAGGAGGAAGAGGCGAUUCGUGCUUUGCAGGAGGAGAGUGCUAAUGCGGGGGAUACGAUGCAGGGUAUUAGGGAGGGGAAUGAGGCGGUGGUGAAUGAGGUUGCUGUGGGGAAUGCUGCGGAUGAAUUUGAUGAUGAUGAGUUGGAGGCGGAGAUGAUGCAGAUGGGUGGGGGUUGA